AUGGCCGAAGAAGAACCGCCGCCACCAUCUAGAUCACCAGCCUCAGUGCGGCCCAUGAUUUUAUUAUGGACCCAGAGUUCAAAGCAUAGUUCUCAGCUCGUCACUCAUGGCUUUUUUGAAGGGGGUGGAGAAUUUAUGUUUCAACAGAAUAGGCCAGAUGGUUUAGUGGUUUCGGAGCAGAUAGUGAUGCUUACUCUACGGCCGAGGUUGUCUCCGGCGAGCUUGCUUGAUUCACCGGAAUUCUUUCCUCAUUCUCUGAGGAAGUGGGCGGUACUGAAACUAGAGUCGAAGGAAGGGAUGACGAUGAACCAGAAUCCAUGCAAGGAACAUAAAGAUGAUGGCUAUAGGUGGCACCAAUGUGGCCAAGAGGGUGAUAUCAGAAGCCCUUACCUGAGAAGGCACUACAUAUGUGCAAGCGAGGGCUGCAAAGUCUGA